AUGGAAAUCCAAGGCUUGGCCUCUGUAAUUGUCACCCUAUGCCUCCUCCACGCCACUAGCAACGUCCAUUCAGCCGUGUUCACCAUAAAAAACAACUGCCCCUACACAAUCUGGCCCGCAACCCUGACCGGGUCAGGCCCGCAAUCCCUAACGGGCUUUGAGCUACCUUCCCAGGCCACAAAACCCCUCGACAUUGCUUCCCCGUGGUCCGGAAGGUUCUGGGCCCGGUUCGAAUGCUCGUAUGCGGAUAAGUUCACCUGCCUUAGCGCGGACUGCGGGUCAGGCCAAGUCGAGUGCCGCCAGGCUGGCGCAGCCCCACCAGCCUCUCUAGUCGAGUUCACGCUUGGUGGAGACGGCGGGAAGGACUUUUAUGACAUCAGCUUGGUCGAUGGGUAUAAUUUGCCUGUUUCGGUCAGCGGGACAAACUGCCCGACUGUGGCCUGCCCGGUUGACAUCAGCAACAACGGCUGCCCGGAUGAGCUGGCGGUUAGGGACUCGAGUGGGGGAGUGAUUGGGUCUACCACCACCACCACUAGCGUCCACUCCGCCACAUUCACCAUCAAGAACAACUGCCCCUACCAAAUCUGGCCGGCCACCCUCACCGGAAGAGGCUCGGCCCCCCUCACCGGAUUCGAGCUUCCCCCCAACGCCGCCAGAACCCUCGACGUCCCGUCCCCGUGGUCCGGCCGCAUCUGGGCCCGCACCCGUUGCUCGGGCAGCACCUGCCUGACCGGUGACUGCGGGUCGGGCGGGGUCGAGUGCAACGGGUCGGGCGGCGCCCCACCUGCCUCCCUCGUCGAGUUCACGCUGGGCGGCGACGGGGGGAAGGACUUUUACGACAUUAGCCUUGUCGACGGCUUCAACCUGCCUGUCUCGGUUGGAGGGGGCAGCUGCCCGUCCGUGUCCUGCCCGGCAGACAUCAAUGCCGGCUGCCCGAACGAGCUGGCGGUCAGAGGUCCGGACGGUGGGAUUGUUGGGUGCAAGAGUGCUUGUGUGGCGCUGAACCAGCCGCAGUACUGCUGCACGGGAGCUUACGGGUCGCCCGAUACGUGCAAGCCGACUAGCUAUUCGCAGAUGUUCAAGAGCAAGUGCCCGCAGGCUUAUAGCUAUGCGUAUGAUGACAAGACGAGCACGUUUACCUGCCCGACUGGGGCUAACUAUGUCAUUACGUUCUGCCCUUGA